ACCUGCAUAACAGAGGGCGCUACUUAACCAAAUUGACAGACAGAUUUUAAGUGCUUAAAAAAACAAGUUAUUAUGCAAGAAUUUUAUUUGUACCUACGGUGUUAUAUUUAGAUAAAUCUAGUUUGAUAAGAAUGAAUAAAAAAGUGGAUUUGGUGGGUUCGAAAUGUAAACUAAUUUGGGUUAUAAAAACGUGGAGUUGAAGUGUCAAAUAUAACAUAUUUAUGAAAAAAGAAACUAAACUAUUUUAAGACUAAAAUAGUGUGACGGUAAGAAGAUGGUUUUACUAGAAAACGACUCGUUCCUCACAGAACUCACCAAAUUGUUUCAGAAAGCCAGACAGAGUGGCUCUGUCACAAUGAUUUUCAAGCGAUAUGAUGGCCGGGACCGUCCAGAACCAAGGGAAGGUAAACCUCCUCUACCUACACCUCAAGAACACCUUUGUUUAGUAAGAGCAAAGUCUAGGUCAAAAAAAAUUUCAACAGUGAUUCACCAAAAGGACAUAAAUAAAUUUCAAGUAGCUUAUAGCAGUUUAUUAAAAGGAAAUUUGGAUGGACUGAAAAAAUUAAAGAAGUCAAAAACAAAAACGAAAGCUGAGUGAUUAGGAGAUUUUUGUGUUUAUUUUUUAUUUCUGGGGUCGGAAUCGCGUGUACAGACGGAUAGGAUAAGAAAGUUCAUUGUGUUGAUUGAGUAUUUGUAAAAUGUAUGAAAUUAAUGUUAAUUUUGUAAGCUUUUAUUUUUCAUUUCAAUAAAAAAUAAGCAGCUA